UGGUGUGCUGUGUCCCUGGGACACAGUGGAUCACUGAUCAGAGUAAAGAGCCAAUGAUGUCCAAUCACAGCUUAUCGCUGAUCAUCAGGGCACUGAUGAUCAGUGCCCUGAUGAUCAAUGUAUCCCCAUCAGUGCCGCAUGUCAGAGCACAUCAAUGCCACCUGUAAGUGCCCAUCAAUGCCACCUGUAAGUGCCCAUCAGUGCACAUCAAUGCCACAUAUCAGUGCCUACCAGUGCACAUCAAUGCCACAUAUCAGUGCCCAUCAAAGCUACCUUUCAGUCCUGCCUAUCAGUGCCAGUCAGUGCUGCCUAUCAGUGCCAGUCAGUGCCGCCUAUCAGUGACACCUAACAGUUCCAAUCAGUGCCGCCUAAUA